AUGGACAUGGAUUGGGAAGAAGAUGGCGACGUAUCGGAUAUAGCUGACUUGGAUAGCUCUCUUCAGGAUUUUGACAUUUCUUUAUACGCCAUUUGGAUGGCCUCCCACGAAGUUGACCAGAAGUAUCUGGGCCUUCUCGCGGGUGCCACCAGCCUUGAGAACCCUUUUCUGUCGAGCAUGCUCUACAAGAUCCUGGGGUUGUCUGUGAUCUUAUCAAAAAAGCUUCUUCGAGCUCGCAAACUUCGUCGUUUAGACCCAACGCGAGAGACGAAAUCGCUGCAGCUAUAUCAUCACAUCAUUUGGCUAUCGCGUGAGGGCUUGGUGGUAGUGGAGCAGUACAUUUUGCCUAUGGUGCAAGAUUAUAUCGAACUGAAAGUGCUUGCUUACAAGUUGCGAGCCUCUUUUUACCAUAUUUUCGUUCUUUUCCACAACCAACCAGCUAUUCACACGCCUGGAAUUUCAAGUCUUCCCAGCUCAUCAAACUUGCAAAAUGGCAACGGCCACGCCCCAGCAGCCAGCUCGUCUGAAGCUAAUCGAGCCUCUAUAUCAACAACGCCACCGACAACUGAAGGUGGGCCUGUGAAAAAGGCUUCUCACGGAGGUCCUCCUGGCCUACCGUCUAUUCCGAAAUCUAAGCUAACGACGUCUUUUCUUCUUCCCGCUCUAGACUAUACGAUGACUGCCACUCCGUGCUUUGUCCAGGCCGCUACCAUAUGCGACACCCUCCUACCAGGCUCACAUCCCUUACGUCUGUCCGUCAAACUUGAAUACGCUGCAUAUUUAUACGAUUGCCUCCACGAUGCGGACUCUUGUCGCCGACUAGCUAAACAGGCCAUUGCAGAUGUUUACAAUGCCCAAGAAGGCAUGGAUGACGAGAGUUUCGAAGAUGCGGCCGAGUUGGUCGCUGUCCUCGGGCGAAUGGUUAAACGCGGAGGGAAAACAAGCAGUGCUGGUGGUAGUAGCACUGCUGGCCGAGAUCGCUCCCGGAGCAACGACGGUCAGAGCAUCAUCAGCAAGGGAACACCACCUAAACAGGCACCUCACACGCCGAUACAACAACAACAAACUCCACCACGACAGCGGACUCCUACCCGAAAAUCGAACUCACCGGCUUCAACGAAAGCGAAACCCUCUCCCGCUGCCUCACAUUUCAAGACGAAGGCAACCCCGAAACAGUCACCAUCGACAGUGUCAGGCGGGAGCACCACACCUAAGGAGCCUGUUCCCAUUAUUAACCCAAUAUAA